AUGGCAAGGCAGCCAGGAGAAGAAACUCAAUCCAAUUAUUUGGCAUCUUUAUUUUUUAAUAAAGUAGACUGCGCUGUUUUUGUUCCUAAUGAUGAUGGAGGAAAUCCGAAUCAACCCAAAUGGGGACAUUUGAAACAACUUCAUGAUGUUUUACGUUCAAUGGAGUAUACUCUUACUCGUGGUGAUGUUAAAAAUAUAGAUUUGGGUAAUUCUAUUUGGGCUGCUGUGUAUUCAACAAAAGAAAAAUCAAGCUGCUUUUUGAGUAAUUCACACAACAUGACAGACGCCGUAGUCAGAUUCGGAGGAAUUGAUUACAGUGUUCCAGCAUGGUCUGUUAGUAUUCUUCCUGAUUGCAAGGAUGAAGCAUAUAACACAGCAAAGGUGUAUGCUCAAACUUCAGUGAUGGUAAAGAAAUCCAAUAAAGCUGAGGAUGAACCCAAUGCUCUGGAGUGGGAGUGGAGACCAGAAAAUAUUGAAAAGACGGCGGUGCAAGGGAAGGGAGAUCACCAUGCUAACAAGAUUAUUGAUCAAAAGGCUACGGCAAAUGAUGCUAGCGACUAUUUGUGGUACAUGACAAGAGUCGAGCUUUCGAAGGAUGAUCCUCUUGUGACUGAAAAGGCUACCCUUCGUGUAACUGAUAGCGGUCAUGUUCUUCAUGCCUAUGUCAAUGGAAAAUACAUCGGUUCUCAAUGGGCCAACUAUAGCAGUCAAAAAUAUGUUUUCGAGCGUGAAGUCAAGCUAAACCCUGGAAAGAAUUUGAUAUCAUUGCUCAGUGCCACAGUUGGUUUACAUGUAUUUCUGUCUCCUGUGGAAUUGGUUGCUCACAAAGAAGAUGGCAAAGUAGUCAAAGAUUUAUCAUCACAGAAAUGGUCAUAUAAGGUCGGGUUGGAUGGAGUUGCAAACAAGUUGUACGAAACAGAUUGUCCUUCAAAGUUGAAAUGGGCAUCGGAUUCCAUUCCCGUUAACAGGAACUUGACUUGGUACAAGACAACCUUCAAAGCUCCAUUGGGAAAUGCUCCAGUUGUUGUGGAUUUACUAGGUUUAGGAAAGGGCCAUGCUUGGGUGAAUAGUCAUAGUCUGGGUAGGUAUUGGCCCAGUUAUAUAGCUAAUGAGCACGCUUGCAAGGCAGAAGCUUGUGAUUAUCGUGGCCCAUAUAGUGAUAAAAAAUGUGUCUCUAAAUGUGGUGAGCCUACUCAGAGAUGGUAUCAUGUUCCAAGAUCAUUCCUUAAAGACAGUGAGAACACAUUGGUUUUGUUUGAAGAAUUCGGGGGUAAUCCUUUUAGAGUACAGUUUCAAACUGUUGAAAUCGGGACGGCAUGCAUAAAUGCUCAUGAGGGAAAGAAGGUGGAACUGUCUUGCAAUGAUCGACCAAUUUCAAGAAUUAAUUUCGCUAGCUUUGGCGACCCACAAGGUGUGUGCGGAGCCUUCAAGAAAAGCGAGUGUGAAUCAGAAGUGGAUGCAGUGUCCAUCCUUGAAAAAGAAUGUGUUGGCAAGGAAUCAUGUUCCUUCGAGAUUUCUGAAGAGAAAUUUGGAAAAGCUUAUUGUGCUGUCAAAAGGCUAGCGGUGGAAGCUGUUUGCUAGGAUUUUACAUUUUGGUGUCUUUGAUUACUUAGUUCCCUCUUUGAAGCAUGUAGGACGUUUAAGGGAAUUAGUCUGUUUAUUUUUAGUUUAUGAGGUAGUAGGCCUAA